AUGGGCCACGGUCAUCACAACAUCCGCUAUGAUGGCGAUCCGUUUGCUCUAUCGGGCGCCUGGAGCCCGCCGACGAGCCGGGCAAACUUCUGUGAGGAAGACUACGUCUUGACCUUUUACCUGGCCGAAUUCAUCAAUUCAGUCUCGAAUAUCGCAUAUGUGUACUAUGCGUUGCAGUACAUGUACGGCCCGGGAAGCCGCGGCCUCUGGAGGCCAAACCUCGACUUCAUGUCAGUCACGCUCUUUAUUCUAGGCGUUGGCUCGUUUCUCUUCCAUGCCAGCCUCCGUCAGGCACUUGAGUUUGUCGACGAGCUCUCCAUGAUGGGGCUCAUCUGGUCGAUGCUCCACGCCACUCUGACUGUCCGGCAAACGCCCGCAAGAUCCAAAAUCAUCUCUGCUAUUCUGGCAGUAGUCUUUUUAUCGUUUACCGCAUUCUAUCUGAACUCGCCCCUCAUCAUCUACCAGGUCACUGCCUUUCUCAGCGGCGUCGGCGUCGUUAUCCUGCGCGUGCUUUACCUGUUUCACUGGGUGCAGCCCGCGCUGCCCAAGGCCAAGAGCCGCGAGUGGCGGAACCGGGCCGUUACUUCCCUCUUUAUUUGCAUCGUCGGGUACGGCAUCUGGAACAUUGACCUCGAGUUCUGCCAGGUCCUGCGGGACAUUCGCCAGCGGGUCGGCCUGCCCUGGGCUUGGCUGUUUGAGUUUCACGGGUGGUGGCACGUCCUCACGGCUAUUGGCGCGAGCCAGUUUAUGACGGUCGCGAGAGAAGUGCGCGAGGAAGUCAAGCGCGAGCAAAAGAGCGAUUAA